AAAAAAAGUUAUCAAGGGGGAGGAGACGAAGUGUCUGUCUGUCUGUCUGUCAGGUUGAGAUUUUUGAGCAUGGAUGUUGGAGAGGCAGAAUCCGAAGCAGUUGCCCGAGCUACUCUGCUUGUGGCAAAUAUGCUUCAGCGGCCAGACCAGUUACAGAAGGUUGAUCAGUAUAGAAGGAGAGUGCAACGAAAAAAGUAUUUUCUCUCAGGCAUCAGUGGAGGCCAUGUUGAAGACAGCAAUGCAGAGUCAGUUAGAUGGUGUUCGUACAGGGCUUGGUCAGCUCCAGGCUGCUCUUGUAGAUCUUAGGGAAAUAAAGACAUGUUUAUCAGACAUGGAAUUGAGCUUGGUAAGGGUGCCCGAGUUGAGUGAACGCCUGUACGAGUGCCGUGAGGAAUAUGUUCGACACUCCCAGUAUGCAGCUGCCAUGGAAAACCUGAAGCACAUUUUUACUGUGCCAGAGUCUGUUGAGAAAACACACAAAUGGAUCGCAGAAGGAAGGCUCUUGUAUGCUCAUCAGUGUCUGAUGGAUCUGGAGAAUAGCAGAGAUGACUUGUUGUUCGAGUUGCACAAGUUGCCGCACCAGAACCCUAAUGAUACAAGGAUGCUCAAAGAAUAUUUUGCUGAUGUCCAGAAGCUCUCAGAUGAUCUUGGUAAACAGGUUUGGAUCAUCCUACAGCGUACCCUCAACACUGUGAGGAAAGAACCCACACAGAUUGUCACAGCAUUAAGGAUCGUGGAGCGAGAAGAACGGGCUGACCAGUUUGCUCUGCAGCGUCAGAAGGGGUCAGGCUUUUUACCUCCAGGUCGACCCAAGAAAUGGAGAGAGAAAGCAUUAUUGGUACUGGAAGGUGCUGCAGCACAACGUAUUGAAGGAAACAUGUUUGAAGAUAGAGAAGCAAGUAAAAAUUGGCUAAUAAAACAUUUAGAGGUGAUUCGACUGCUGCUGCUUGAGGACAUGAAAGUGAUAAGAUCGCUGUGUGUGCCAUGCUUCCCACCCCACUAUGACAUAACAAACCACUACGUACAGAUGUACCAUAAGAGUUUGGCCAAUCAUCUCGUAGAAACGAUAGAAGGAGGUCUGGAAGACAAUGAGUAUGUUACACUACUGUCAUGGGUACUCAAUGUCUAUGGUGGAAAAGAACUCAUGGGUCAUCCUUCGCUCAACAUCAAUGUUGGCAAGUUAGGGCCACUCCUGGAUAAUAAGAUAUUAGAAGAUCUUGUGUCCAAAUAUCUAAAGAACGUAAAUAGCAACUAUGAUUCCUGGAUGAGCAAAGCACUAGAAAUAGAAGAGAAAGAGUGGUACCGUUCUGAACCUCCACAGCAAGACGCAGACUCGCACUACAAAACGGAGCUUCCUCAACUUAUUCAUGACAUGAUACGUCAGAACUUGGAUGUUGCUGCCACUAUCAGCUCUGAUGUGCAAGUCCAGGUGCUGAUAUCUAGUCUGGAGCAAGUACGAUUUUUUGCAGCAAAAUUCCAAGCUGGAGUGACUCGAUAUAAGGACACAUACUAUGCUGACAGGUCAAAGAUCCAGUAUUUCACAACAUAUAUCAUAGCACUAGCUAAUAGCUGCCAAGGCCUUGUGGAUGUCAUGGUAGCAAUCAAGUCUCAGUUUUGGAAGCCAGGAGGAUCUACCCAAAAUGAUGCCAAAAUUGCUACCGAGUUUGAUGCUUUGCUCACAGUUUACCAGCGUUUACGAGAUUUGAUGUGUGAUCACUUGUUGGAGGAGGCCCUGGUAGACCUGCAGGAGCAGUUCAAUUCUCUCUUGACUGCACCUUGGCUCACCAACACCGAACCCAUGGACACCAUUUGUCUGACGCUCUCCGACUACUUUAAUGAUUACUCUCAUCUUCAUCAAAAGAACUUUGACCAUGUGGUGCAGUUAGCGCUAAAUACAGUUACAAUGCGGUAUACAACAGCCAUCUUGCAGAAACGGUUAACACCUAAAACACAGGAGGACCGAAAGCUGGUGGCUGACCGUAUAACUGCUGAGGCUUUAAAACUUUCAAGUGUUUUUGAACAAGUUGCACCAGAUCUUGUGAAGUUUGACUCUCCUUGCGAGGUGAUGAAAGGAUUGGCUGAAGUUGUUAAAGUAUCGGAUGUAGAGUUCAUCAGUCUGGAGCUACAUCGAUUACUACGCAGGUACCCAGACAUGACAGGAGAUCAUCUUACUGCGUUAUUGAUGCUACGAGGGGAUCUUGGUCGUUUGGAUGUUAGGCAACGUGUAGCAGAGAUCAUGGAGGAAAUGAGAACGCAACGUGCAGGACCAGCUCCAAAAAGUAUUUUCUCACACAUUCAUCUCUCAACAUCACUGUUUCCUUAACUAUAUAUCAAACUCUAAUGUCCUAGCAAAAUAGGUGCUUCAUAAUUAUGUUGAGACAAGACAAUGAAUGCAUGCUGGCCAAGAUUACAUAAAUUAUGUAAACAUAUUAGGCUAUAGAAUAACUGCAUCACUAGCAUUGAUCUUAGUAUAAGCUUUCUAUUUUCUUAUUAUUAGUAUUAAGAGCAAUCAAGUUAACAAAAUUCCUGGUAUAGAAACUAGUAAUUAUUGAAGGAUGUAUUUUUUUUACAAUGUUUCAAUCCAAUCUGGGACAUCUUCAGGUAAA